CGCCUGCUUCCGUCAGAGCCCGAGAGGGAGGCUUCGGGUCUUUCCGCCGCGGCUCGGGCCUUUCCGCCGUUUUCCCCGGGGAUCGGGUUUGCAGCUCUUUGCAAAAAGAAGGAAGGAGGCCGGGGCCGCUCGGUGGGCUGAAGGGAACGGACCCCCCGAAAAGCGUCCCACCUCCCCAAGAAGGAUUAUGCUGGUCACGUUCUCCCUCUGCUCCAUCGUCUGGUUGAGCCGGGGCUUCAAGUUGCGGGAGCGGGGCUGCACCUAGACCUCCUCGUGGUCAUUCUUGGGAGGGGGCCAUGGGCAGCGCCGAAGGGUUCCAGUACCGGGCCCGGUACCCGUACCGCAAGGAGCGGGAGGAGGACAUCGACCUGCUCCCGGGGGACGUGCUGGUGGUCAGCAAGGGGGCCCUGCAGGCCCUGGGGGGCUUCCGGGACGGGGACGAGGCCUCCCCACACCGCGUGGGGUGGAUCCCGGGGGUCAACGAGCGCACCCGGCAGAAGGGGGACUUCCCCGGCACCUACGUGGAGUACCUGGGCCCCGUCCAGAUCGCCCUCCCGACACAGCGGCCCCGGAUGCCCCGACCCCUGCCCGCCGCUCCCGGCCCGGAGACCGGUCCAGGAAUGAUGCUUCCGGAGUUGUCGGAGCAGUUUGGGCCACCCGAAGUGGCUCCACCUCUGCUGUGCCGGAUGGUGGAGGGCAUCGAGAAGAAAGGGCUGGAGAACAAGAUGCUCUACAGGACAUCGGGCUCCGAACUCAGGCAGGCGCUCCGAACUGACUGGGCGGCGGUGGCGGCUGGCGAUCUGGAGGCCUCGGACCCUCUUUCCCUCGGUGACGCUCUCAAGGGCUUCCUUCAGGACCUCCCGACCCCCGUGGUGCCAGCCUGCGCCCAGGCGGAAAUCCUGCGGGUGCUGCAAGACGCGGGCCCCUCGCCGCCGGACCCGUGCCGCCCGCAGCUCCUCUCGGCCCUGGAGGCCCUGCCCCACCCGCACCUCCUCACCCUCCGGUUCCUCCUGCGGCACUUGGCCACGGUGGCCGCCCACGCCCCGAGCAACGGGCUCUGUCCCCGGACGUUGGGGGAGAUCUUCGGGCCCCUGCUGCUACGGGGGGCCCCCUCCGCCAGUGCAGAGUCGGUGGCCGACUUCCCUGCCGUCUUCUUGCAAACCCUUCUGCAGAACAAAGACCCGGAGACCGACCUGCCCGCUCCAGCUCUACCUCCGAAGCCCCCCAAACCGAAGCCUGUGGCGGGUCCCCUCCCCAACGGCGGCAACGGGACCCCCCUCCAGGACGCCGAGUGGUACUGGGGCGACAUUUCCAGGGAGGAAGUGAACGAGAAGCUUCGCGACACCCCGGACGGCACGUUCCUGGUACGAGACGCCUCCAGCAAGAUCCAAGGCGAAUAUACCUUGACGCUCAGGAAAGGCGGCAACAACAAGCUGAUCAAGAUCUUCCACCGGGAGGGCAAGUACGGCUUCUCGGAGCCCCUGACCUUUGGCUCGGUGGUCGAGCUGAUCAACCACUACCGGCACGAGUCGCUGGCCCAGUACAACGCCAAGCUGGACACCCGCCUCCUGUACCCCAUCUCCAAGUUCCAGCAGGACCAAGUAGUGAAGGAGGACAGCGUGGAGGCAGUUGGGGAGCAGCUGAAGGCCUACCACCAGCAGUACCAGGACAAGAGCCGCGAGUAUGACCUGCUCUAUGAGGAAUACACCCGCACCUCUCAGGAACUACAGAUGAAGCGGACGGCGAUCGAGGCCUUCAACGAGACCAUCAAGAUCUUCGAGGAACAGUGCCAGACGCAAGAGAAGUGCAGCCAGGACUACAUGGAGCGCUUCCGGAGGGAGGGCAACGACAAGGAGCUGCAACGGAUCCUGAUGAAUUCGGAAAAGCUGAAAUCCCGGAUCGCGGAGAUCCACGACAGCAAGAUGAAGCUGGAGCAAGACCUGAAGCAACAAGCGAGCGAAAACCGGGAGAUCGACAAGCGGAUGAACAGCCUCAAGCCGGACCUGCUCCAGCUGCGCAAACUCCGGGACCAGUAUCUGGUGUGGUUGACGCAGAAGGGGACUCGGCAGAAGAAGAUCAACGAAUGGCUCGGGAUCAAGAACGAAACUGAGGACCAAUACUCCAUGAUGGAGGACGAGGAGGAGCUGCCCCACCACGACGAGCGCACGUGGUACGUGGGCAAGAUCCACCGCACCCAGGCGGAGGAGAUGCUGGCCGGCAAGCGGGACGGGACCUUCCUGAUCCGGGAGAGCAGCCAGCGCGGGUGCUACGCGUGCUCCGUCGUGGUGGACGGCGACACCAAGCACUGCGUGAUCUACAAGACGGCCACGGGCUUUGGCUUCGCGGAGCCCUACAACCUCUACGCCUCGCUGCAGGAGCUGGUCCUGCACUACCGGCACACCUCCCUCGUCCAGCACAACGACUCCCUCAAUGUCACCCUGGCCCACCCCAUCCUGGCCCAGCACCCCCCCAGGUGAAGGGAAUCCCCGCCCCCCUACACACACACAAACGCAGAGACUGGUCCCUCCGCGAUCGCCAACCCCCAAGUCCCUUCAGGGUCGCCAACAAGUCACCCAUUUCCCCCCCAGGGCCAGUGGUCAGGGGUCGACUUCUUUUAGCACGUUUCUUGUCCUUCCCUUUUUGUCAGGGUGCUUCCCCGCCCCCCACCCCCCGGAUCCAUCUUUUCUGGCUUAUAUAUCCAGGCCCAGUUCUUUAUGGAGGCCCAUGAAGCCGCCACUUGCUGGGUGCACUCGAAGCGGUGGCGGCGGUGGCGGCGACCAUUGGGUCGCUCGCCGCGGAACAAGGAAGUACUUGGUAUUCUCGUGAGAUUUCGCGAGAUCUUGCAAAAUAUAGCGAAUUUUCUGCAAGAUCUCUCAGAAAUCUCGCAGAAAUUUCACAAAAUCUCACGAGAAGACCAAGUACUUCCUUGUUCUGCGGUGGCGGCGACCAUUGGGUUGCUUACCGCGGAACAAGGAAAUACUUGGUAGUCUCGUGAUAUUUUGUGAAAUUUCGCAAAAUAUUGCGAGAUUUCUGCGAGAUCUCGCGAAAUCUUGCAGAAAUCUCGCGAGAUCUCAUGAGAAUACCAAGUACUUCCUUGUUCUGAGGUGGCGGCAACCAUUGGGUCGCUCGCUGUGGAACAAGGAAGUACUUGGUAUUCUCGUGAGAUUUCACGAGAUUUUGUGAAAUACUGCGAGAUUUCUGCGAGAUCUCGUGAAAUCUCGCGAGAAUACCAAGUACUUCCUUGUUCGGCGGCGAUCAACCCAAUGGUCGCCGCUGCCGGUAAGUUGGGUGGGGGGGGGCGUAAUUUCGGGGGGGGGGGGGCAGCCCUAGGUUUGCUUACAUACUAAAAAACCUAGGGCCGCUCCUGUGUAUGUCCCUUAGCAGUAUAUCCUCCCACCUCAGUCUCGUGCAGCAGCCAUUUUUAAUCCUUAAAUAUGCAAAAAUCGGGGUGACGAAGGCAACCCCCCGCACAUUUCUCGCUCUGCUUCCCUCGUUCCGGGCGUCCCAGAGCUGCCUCUCGUUCGGAGAGCCUUUCCUUCCCCUUCUCCACAAAGCCAUAAGAGGACACUUUCCUCCGCUAGGGUGGCCCACUUCGAGUGUCCCACCACCUGGGCGUUUUAUCCCCCCCCCCCCCCGGAAUGCAAGACGUCCCCCAAACAAGGGCUGCUGGGCACCCCCAUGACGGCCAUUUUGGAACCUAUCGCCCUCGGUGUCUUGUGCUCUGCGUUGUUCCAGGUCUUCCUUUCGGAGCCCCCUCCCCCGGGACCCCUUGGAGACCCCAGGACCAAAGGAGACCCCCCCUCCCAGUAUGCCUGUUCCCAGCCUCCAAAGCGGCCCUUGCUUCCCUUCCAGAAAUAUGCAAUAACAUCUACUCCUCCCCACUCCCCAUUCCCACCAGCACUGUUUUUUUUCCGUGUUCCUUCCAUUUAAGAUAGGAAACAAGAAGUAAUCCUGUUGACUUUCCGUCGUCGUCAAAAAACGCCAGUAUUUCGUGUUGGGGUUUGUUACUGUAAGCGGCGCGUCCUUGCGCAAAGAAGAGUUUUGUACGGUACUUCCACAUGGGGAAAAAUAUAAUUAAAAUGAAAUGUGUUCCUGCAAAAUUCCCA